GCGUCUCUCUUUUCCUUCUUCUGGUUUUCUGUUCCCAGCACAAGGACGAAAUCAUGGCACCUGCAAAGAUCACCAAGGACAAGUACUCGGUCAUUCUGCCGACGUACAACGAGAGGAAAAACCUCCCCAUCGUGGCAUGGCUGCUGAAUCGCACCUUUACAGAGAACAACCUGGACUGGGAACUCAUCAUCGUUGACGACGGCUCUCCCGACGGCACCCAAGAAGUCGCCAACCAGCUCGUCAAGGCCUACGCUCCCCACGUCGUCCUCAAGACUCGUUCCGGAAAGCUAGGUCUCGGAACUGCCUACGUCCACGGCCUGCAAUUCGUCACCGGCAACUUCGUCAUCAUCAUGGACGCCGACUUCAGUCACCACCCCAAGUUCAUCCCCGAGAUGAUUGCUCUGCAGCAGAAGGGCCACUACGACAUCGUCACCGGCACCCGCUACGCUGGCAACGGCGGCGUCUUUGGCUGGGACCUCAAGCGCAAGUUUGUCAGCCGCGGCGCCAACUUGUUCGCCGAUACCGUGCUGCGACCGGGCGUUAGCGACCUGACUGGUAGCUUCCGCUUAUACAAGAAGAGUGUUCUGGAGAAGGUUAUUUCAAGCACGGAGAGCAAGGGUUACACUUUCCAGAUGGAGAUGAUGGUUCGUGCCAAGGCUAUGGGAUGCACCGUUGCCGAAGUGCCCAUCUCUUUCGUGGACCGAGUGUACGGAGAGAGCAAGCUGGGCGGCGAUGAAAUUGUUGAAUACGCCAAGGGUGUAUUUUCUCUGUGGCUAAAGGUCUAAGGAUUAAAAAAAACAAAGGACAGAAAGAAAGAUGUAUCAUAUGGAUUGCUACGAGUUGGAUGGGCCGGCGUUAAUAUCACUGAGAAGGGUAGUCCCGUUUCUAAUUAAUCAAAUAUACCAUUGCCA